GAUAAUAAGCCACAGCCUGCUGGGGUUGUCUUGUUCUUUAUUGCUUCAGUAGAUGGCACUGACAUGUUCAUUUGACUGAUUGCUUUGUAUGUUGUAUCAGCUGUGAUGUUGUCUUAGAUUAGUUAAUAGUCUGUCUAAGAUCUUGCCAAGAUGAAUAUGAAUUGAAAUGGGGGAGGAAGAACAGCAGAGAACUACCCAUAACUUACCAGGUCCUGACCCGUGAAUACGUAAGCACGUACUCUACCCGUUUGAGCAGUCUCACUAAACUUGAAUACUUGCUGAAUUGGGCAGUGGGCUUUGAAGCUGUGCUGCCUUACGAUGAAGAUUUAAGUAGCAAUUAAAUUCUCGAAGAACCUCCAAAGCUCCUUUGGCUGAAAUGGGGAUGUUCCAGGCCCUAGACCUUACACUGCGAAGGAAAGAAUGUUUACGCAUGACUCAGUGAGUAGUGCGUGUCAAAGCAGCAAAGACUUCUGUAAGACAUGGAUAGAUGCAAACAUGUUGGGCGGCUACGACUCGCCCAGGACCAUUCUAUCCUGAACCCCCAGAAGUGGCGCUGCGUGGACUGCCAGACGACAGAAUCUAUCUGGGCUUGUCUGAAAUGCUCCCACGUAGCCUGCGGGAGGUACAUUGAGGAACAUGCACUUAAACACUUUGAAGAAACCAGACAUCCGUUGGCAAUGGAAGUUAAUGAUCUUUACGUCUUUUGUUACCUUUGUGAAGAUUAUGUCUUGAAUGAUAACCCGGAGGGUGAUCUGAAAUUGCUAAGAAGUUCUCUGUCAGCAAUUAGGAGUCAAAAAUAUGAUCCAUCAACAAGAAGUGGUAGGACAUUGCGAUCAAUGGCUUUGGGAGAGGACGUGUGCAGCCAUCAAAGGGCCCCUCAGGGACAACCUCAGAUGCUUACGGCUCUCUGGCACAGGCGCCAGUCUUUGCUCGCAAAAGCACUGCGGACCUGGUUUGAUAAGAGCUCCAGAGGCCAGCUAAAAUUAGAACAAAAAAAACAAAUGGAAGAGUUGGAGAAAAAAAAGGAAGCGGCUAGGCAGCGGCGGCAGGAGAUGAAGAGACAACUUCUGGAGGAACUAGCAAACACCCCUCCAAGGAAGAGCGCAAGGUUGCUGUCUCAUGUGCACAGAGAGAACUUGAUUCCAAGGAAAUUCAGAGAGGUGACAACCACUUCCCCUACCUCAAGGCAGAUGCAGAGCAGCAGAUUCAAACAAUUUUAUUCCAUCCGGCGUAAGCCUCUGAUGACUCCUGGGGUGACAGGUCUAAGGAACCUGGGAAACACAUGUUAUAUGAAUUCUAUUCUGCAAGUGCUAAGUCACCUCCAGAAAUUUAGAGAAUGUUUUCUGACACUUGAUCUCUGUGAAACAGAGGAACUCUUAGCCAAAACUGUGAAUGGGAAGUCUAGGAUGCCUGGCAAAUUGGCAAAUGGAUCUGCUGCUAAUGAGUCAGGGAAGACUGACAAAGUAGGAUCACAUGGCACGCAGAGCUUGCCAGCUGGCUUAAAUGGUAGCUCCUCAAUAAGCAGGAGUUUAGAACUGAUACAACCCAAGGAACCAAGUUCAAAGCACAUCUCCCUCUGCCAUGAAUUGCACACCCUCUUCAGAGUGAUGUGGUCUGGCAAGUGGGCGCUCGUGUCCCCGUUUGCCAUGCUGCACUCUGUGUGGAGUCUGAUCCCAGCAUUUCGAGGUUAUGAUCAGCAGGACGCUCAGGAAUUCCUAUGUGAGUUGUUGGACAAAGUGCAGCAGGAGCUGGAGUCGGAAGGAACAAAACGUAGGAUCCUCAUCCCUUUCUCGCAAAGGAAGCUCACCAAGCAGGUUCUGAAGGUGGUGAAUACCAUUUUUCACGGGCAGCUACUCAGUCAGGUCACCUGUAUAACAUGCAACUACAAAUCCAACACCGUUGAGCCCUUUUGGGAUCUUUCCCUGGAAUUUCCCGAGCGUUAUCACUCUGUUGAGAAAGGGAUUGUCCCUGUUAACCAGGCAGAGUGCAUGCUGACAGAAAUGUUGGCCAAGUUCACAGAAACUGAAGCUCUGGAAGGGAGGAUAUAUGCAUGCGACCAAUGCAACAGCAAGCGGCGAAAGUCUUCUCCUAAACCUCUUGUUCUGAGUGAAGCUAAAAAGCAGUUAAUGAUCUACAGACUACCUCAGGUCCUCCGACUGCACCUUAAACGAUUCAGGUGGUCUGAACGUAAUCACCGUGAGAAGAUUGGGGUCCAUGUCCUCUUUGACCAGGUAUUAAACAUGGAACCUUACUGCUGCAGGGACUCUCUCUCCUCUCUUGACAAAGAGACCUUUGUCUAUGACCUCUCCGCUGUGGUGAUGCAUCAUGGGAAAGGGUUUGGCUCAGGACACUACACAGCGUAUUGCUACAACACAGAGGGAGGUUUUUGGGUCCACUGCAAUGACUCCAAACUGAAUGUAUGUAGUGUGGAGGAGGUGUGCAAAACCCAGGCCUACAUUCUUUUUUACACUCAAAGAACAGUGCAGGGCAAAGCAGGAAUCUCAGAAAAACAACUCCAAGCUCAGGUGCCGUCCAAAAACAGCGAUAAGGACAGAAGACUGACGUUCCCAUGAUGGGAAGCACUAUAACUCAAUCAACAGUCUCAGUUUUUUAAAACCAUUGGUGUUCACCUCUUUCCUCUUUAUAGGAAAAAAGGCUCAUUGCAGGAAUGGAUCAGAUCAUGACGUUUGCCACCCAGGGUCUGGAAAAGUCUAUCAAGCUGUGCACUUCUGUCACAUGAAGAUUGUAAUCAGAAUCUUGUUUUUAAAGGUGUUAAAUUAUUCCCACAAAACAAAAAGAGAAAGUUUGAUGCUUAGUAUCAUUAAUCUUUUAUCAAAAAGGAAUUGAAAAAGGCAUGUAACUGUGAGCGCAACCAGGAAACAGAAGUAUUCAACUGGCUUCCCAAAACCUUCAGUACCUAGUAAUGCUGAUAAACCUCCAGAAGGAACAGGUAUAGUACCCUCUCCUUUAACUGUAGUUCUGUCUGUCAAUCAGAUUUCCAGGGUUUGAAUAACACAGUCACUCCCCAUGUAUUUAUUGGAAUGGUUUCCAGAGUAUAUUGAUAUUGAAUGAUAUCAUUCAAUAUGUGAUAUUGAAUAGAUGGAGUCGGUUGUCCUACAAGCCAUUCUUGCUGGAGAAAUCUUUAAUGUUCUUCUACCAGAGAAAACGUUUCCCCAGGCCUCAUCUGUCUUUGCGAUACCAGUUUCUUUGCCAGCAGUUGAGAGCAAACCCAUGACUGGCAGUCUUUGUCAGCAGCUUUUUUUCCUCAAUGUUAUUGGGGCUGUGUGUACACUUGUUAGUUUAUUCCUUAGGUUGAACUGAAUUGGCAGCUAAAUUAUCUUGGAACGUGAUUUAAAAACAGUUCUGCUCUGGAGAAACUGUGUUUUUAAAAAAACAAAAAAA